UGUGUGUUGACCUUUCUUGCGAGAGUAAAAAUAAGAAUUAUCAACAGAAAUUAUUUUCCUGUAUUAAACUGAUUACAAAUUAUUUUUGGUAAAAAAGAAUUCCAAAUGGCAAAAGUGAAGAUUGGAAUUAUUGGAGGGACUGGACUUGACUGUCCAGAUAUUCUCGAAAAUCGGAAGGAAAAAAUCGUGAGCACACCAUUUGGCUCAUCAGAAAUUGUUGAGGGAUCAAUCAGCGGCGUUGAAUGCGUGUUACUUGCUCGUCAUGGAAAAUCUCAUGCGUUGUCACCAUCGAAUGUCAAUUAUCGAGCUAAUGUUCAUGCUUUGAAAUUACUUGAUGUCACUCAUAUCAUCGCGACAACAGCAACUGGUAGCUUGAAAAAUGAAAUUAAACCAGGCGACAUUGUCAUUCUUGACGAUUUUAUUGAUCGCACAAAAUCACGUGUUUGCACUUUCUAUGAUGGAUCUGAAAUCUCGGGAGUUGGUGUUUGUCACAUUCCAAUGUCACCAGCAUUUGAUGAAAGAACACGUCAAGUUAUAAUUGAAACAGCCAAAGAACACGGCAUUGAAGUUCAUCAAAAAGGAACGGCAGUUUCAAUCGAGGGCCCACGUUUCAGUACAAAAGCGGAAUCUCAUCUCUUCCGUUCGUGGAAUUGCGACUUAGUUAACAUGACGCUUGUUCCUGAAGUGAUUCUUGCCAAAGAAGCCGGUUUGCUUUAUGCAUCGAUUGCUAUGGCGACGGAUUACGAUUCUUGGCGUGAAUGCGAGACUGCCGUUUGUGUCGAAGAAGUGAUGGCAACAUUCAAGAAAAAUGUUGCUAAAGUUACCCAAUUGAUUUUAGCGGUUGUACCACAAAUCGCCAAACUGGAUUGGAGCGAAACAAUUGCAGAUUUAAAAAAAUUAGUCAAUGGAUCUAUCAUGCUUCCUAAUCAGUACAAGUAGUCAGAUAAUCAAAGACUUUUCUUUCAAGUUCCGUACAUUGCACAUUCAAAGUUGAUUAAAUGUUUUUAUUUUUAUGAUUUUGAUCGAUUGAAUAUUUAACAAAUGAUGACAAAUAAAAGCUUUUAUUGAAAAGUCCAUCACAAAUAAUUUUGA